AGCAACACUUUCUGAUGGGUUGAAAGUUGCAGUAAAAGUGUUCAACUUGGAUCUACAAGGAUCAACAAAGAGCUUUGAUGCUGAAACUACUAUAUUGAGCACCGUUCGACAUAGAAACUUGGUUCGAGUUAUUGGAUGUUGUUGUAACAUGGAGUUUAAAGCUAUUAUUCUCACAUACAUGCCAAAUGGGAGCUUGGAUAAGUGGUUACAUUCUGAUAUGAAUGGUUUGGAUCUCAUACGAAGAUUGAAAAUAUCAAUAGAUGUUGCAGCAGCCUUGGAAUAUCUUCACCACGGCCAUACUUCCACAGUUGUUCAUUGUGAUAUAAAGCCAGGCAAUGUAUUGCUUGAUGAAGACAUGAUUGCUCAUGUUGCUGAUUUUGGUAUUUCCAAGCUUUUUGAUGGAGGGACAACUAUCAUCCAAACUCAAACAAUGGCGACAAUCGGUUAUGCAGCACCAGAGUUUGGAAUGGAAGGUAUCGUGUCAACAAAAGGGGAUGUAUUCAGUUUUGGGAUACUGCUGCUGGAGAUGUUCACUAGAAAAAGGCCAACAGAUGAUAUGUUCAGUGAAGAAGGGAGCAUAAAAGAGUGGGUAAGUGAAGCAUUAGAGCAAAAUACAACAACUGAGUUGGUGGCGCCUGCUCUAUUAUCACGUGAAGAUCAACAUUUAUCUGCAAAGGAGCAAUGUUUCGUAUCAAUAUUCGAAUUAGCAAUGAAAUGUUCGGCUGCCUCAAUAGAUGAAAGAAUCAACAUGAUUGAAGCAGCCGCAGCUCUGCGCAAAAUAUAUGCUACAAUUGUAGCAGCCACAGAAGGACGUCGUCCACGAUAUGCUUUUCCAGUUAGUAUUCGCAAUAACGCGGUUUGA